AUGGCGUCCUCCACCGACGACCCUGGAUUUACACAACGGAAGGCGAAGAAGAGGAAUAUUGAAGCUGAAGAAGAAGAAGAAGAAGAAGAAGAAGAAGAAGAAGAAAGCUGUGUGGAUCGGAUCAGUGAAUUACCAGAGGAAAUCCGGGUGAGUAUUCUGUCCCUCCUGCCCUUCAAGGAAGCGGUCAGGACUUCAAUACUUUCAAGUAGAUGGGUAGAUGUAUGGGAAUCCGCUGUCACCGAACUGGAAUUUGAUGCCCCAGAAACGCAUCCAGUUUCUCACUCGGCCUCAGAAGAUCCAUUACUUUCGGAGAAAUUGGCCGAGUUAAAAAAAUGGGUGAAUCGGGUUGUGGCAAAGCAGAUGGAAAAGGACAAGCAAAUCACCAAGUUGAGGGUUUCAUUCGCCUUGACUGAUGAAGCCAAAUCCGAUGAGGAUGUUGAUCGAUGGGUCAAGUUCGCAUUAAUGUCAGGAAGGCUCGAGUCUCUUGACCUGUCCUGUUUCAUGUAUCACGGCUGGUACUAUCGUUUCCCCUACUCCAGGGUGAUCCAAACUCCAGAUAGGUUGCCCCACUUGAAGCCCCUCAGAUCGUUACGAUUGAGUUGUGUUAUUGUCCAUGGAAAAAUUGUUGAAUACUUGGUCUCUAAUUGCCCUUAUCUUGAAGAAAUAGUCCUAACCAAUUCAGGCGGACUAUGGAAACUCAGAAUUGCUGCUUCGGGUUCAUCACCAUCACUUGCAUUGAAGCGGUUGGAAUUGAAGCAUUGUGGGACUCUAAAGUCCUUGGAGAUAGCCGAUGCCCCUUGCCUCACCCACUUAACGCUUCUGGCUCCUGAGAAAUCUGAUAGGUUGGUUAAACUGAGCAUGAAAAAUUGUGUUGCUCUUGUGGCUGUGAGCAUAAGUGUUGGCUGUCUGGAACCCGAUUUCGCAAUUGAUUCCAUCUCCAGCCAUGCUGCUCAGUUGGUGUCCCUUACCAUGAAGAUUGACCCACGGGAGAUUUGUUUCUCUCAAGUGGCCGACGAGUUCACCCGCCUCGAGGUGGCAACCACAGUUUCGUCGGCUUGGUUACGUUGA